AUGGGGGUCGCUCCUCGACACUAUGCUGAGGGAGAAGGCCAGCGCACAGCCUUCGUCCUCUCGUGUGCGCUUUGGUUCGCGAUGAGUGGCUGUGUCUUGUUGGUCCGCGCGGCGAUGUGGUUCCAGCGCAACCGACCCGUACGUUUGACGCUACCUGGUCUUGGUUCCAUGGCGAGGCGGUGCCGAGCUACCUUGCUCUUGAUUGCAGGCGCUCAGGAUGCCAAGGUGGUCGAAGAGUUGCAGAGGAGACGGCUGGUUCGAGCUCGCACUCUGGGUCCUUACAUUCAGUUGGGCAUCACCAUUCUUCUCGGUGCAACCUUCGCCAGAGUCGCAAGUCCCGACGAUCGGGUGGCGUCUCAAACUAUGGACAUCGCCUGGAUUAUGGGUUGCUACGCGAACCUUUUUGCGUGGGCUUUCCCGCAGUUCCUGACACUCAGAGCACUGGACAUCUGGUUUUCGGUGAAGAGCGCAUGCCUCGCAUUGUACGUCUCGCCUCUCGCAAUGCAGGGAUCCUUCGCCCCGUCCUUUGAUUUUGUGGCGUUUAUGGUCUUCAUCGUGUUGAGCUUGGAGAAUGGGAACGUUCGGUUGAACAUUGCGUGGCUGCUGGUCAUCACGCUCUCGAUGUGGAGCACGAUCGUCCUUGACCCUGCUUGGGUAGAUCCCGACCGAUCCUCACUCCACGUCCUCCUGCGUGCGUCCGACCGCUCCUCGCACCACGUCCUUGUGGGUGCGAUGCUCGUGGCCCUGGUCAUGCUGGCGUUCCAGAAGUCGCUGUCCAUGGUCGUGAUCUACGAGCUGGAGGCGAACACCUCGAGGAGCGAGCUGGAGGCCGCGCGCUCGGUGCUGAGGGCCGUCUGCGACGUGACGGUGGAGCUCGACGCUGCCCUCCGGCUUCAGGACGAGAGCCCCGCGCUCGUCGACAUGUUGAUGCUGAACCCUGGGCGUUCCUGGCCGGGCACGGACCUGAGGUCAUUCUUGGCCUCCGAGCAGGACCGCCAGAAGUUCUCGGAGCAGAUGGGCCGCGCGUUCGCCACAGGGAGCGACUCCUCGGGACUGUGCGCGGCGUUCCACGUGUGCAUGAAGGACGGCUCUGGCAUACCUCUUGACGUUGAGGUGUUCGGCGUGGGCUUCGCCAAUCGGAGGGGCGAGCCUGCGUACUUUGUCGGCAUCCGCGAGUUCACCGACACUUGCCCUCUCCUGGAGGGCAGCACAGUGGUUGGCACCCAUGCUGGCAGGCGUGGGCACCGCCAGGAUGCCCUGGGCGCGCACGGAGGGAGCGCCCGCCAGGACGUGCCGAUAGCCAGCUCCAGCUCGCUGGCGCAGGGCGAGGCGGAGGACCCUCCAGCGGCGGGCGCGGCGGCCUGGGUCGAGGUCCUCACCCGGGGCUACAGCGUGCGGUGCGCCGCACCCGCGUUCACGCACCACGUGGACGCCAACGGCCAGUUCCUGAGCGCGCUCAGCCAGUCCCAGCGGUUCGACUUCAUCUCCUGGGUGCAGGAGGCCUACCCCGCCCUCGUGGAGGACGGCUCGGCCUCGGCCCGCAGAGAGUACCACAGUCGGCUGCACUUCAGGCGCCCCUCGCUGGCCGCGGCCAGCGCGGCGCAGCCGCUGCGGGUGGUGACCUCGGCCCUCGUGCAGCUCGACCUGUCGCCGCCUCCGGGAGAGCAGCGCUGCAGCGACGGGCUCGCGCGCAUCGCCCUCUGGGACUUCAGGAGCGUCCGAGGCAGCCAUGACAGGGGUCCGUUCUGA